AGCGCCCUCUGGUGGUCAUCUUGAAACGUGGUCCUGCUGCGGUCUGAGUUCAAGAGGGCCCCUGCCUGCCUGCCUGCCAGCGGAGGGAAAGCUCAACAGCAACAGGACAAACAGACCACAUUAUUCGUCUAGUAAAAUUAAAUAAGACUAAAGGGAAACAUGUUUAAACAUCACAGGGCCUUUAAAGGAAACAAUGACCCCUUAAGCUGAAUAUUAUUACAAUACCUCACCGUCAAACAACACUGCCGGGGCUCAGCUGGGUCAGUGUUGGUGUGAAAAGCCUUUAUUUUUUAGUAGGUAAAGUGGAAGGGGCAGGAUCUCACAGCUCAGGAACAUGGCUUCACCCUUUGUGCCUGUCCCGGUUCCCAUGGACAAAUCCCUGUUAGGUCGUAAAAACAAGCCGAGACGGCCACAGCGAGCUGCUUCUCUCGGAAGCGUCUCKGGCAGCUUGGCGUCCUCGUCGCCCGUCGCUGAGGAAGAAUAUGAAAGAAGUUCUCCGCGUCAGUCCCGCUGCAAAGACAGAGCCGGCCGCAGCCGGACGCCACCGCCCCUCCAGAGCCCCGUGACACGGGCCAAGCUGAAUGGGUCCCUGGAGCCCUCUGUGGCGUACUCGAGCUGCCCUCRCUCCGUAUCGGAUCCUGCUGGGAGCCAGCAAGUAGAGGAGAGGCCGAUCACCCCGACAGUGCUGGGGUACGAGGUCAUGGAGGAGAGGGCCAAGUUCACGGUUUAUAAGAUCCUGGUGAGGAAGACUUUCGAUGAAAGCUGGGUUGUGUUCAGACGAUAUGCAGACUUCUCCAGACUCAACGACAAGCUCAAAGAAAUGUUUCCCAGCUUCCGGCUCUCGCUGCCCCCUAAGAGGUGGUUCAAAGACAACUACGACAGCAACUUCUUAGAAGACCGACAGCUGGGGCUUCAGGCCUUUCUGCAAAAUCUGGUUGCACACAAGGACAUCUCUAACUGYCUACCUGUGAGAGAGUUUCUUUGUCUCGAUGAUCCACCUGGACCUUUUGAUAGUCUGGAGGAGAGCAGGGUGUUCUGUGAGACUCUGGAGGAAAGCAACUAUCGUCUCCAGAAGGAGUUGCUGGAGAAGCAGAAGGAGAUCGCCUCCUUAAAGAGGAAGCUGGAGGAGAAGGAGCGGACCAUCCUCUUACUGGAGAAACACGUGAACGGUGAGUGUGUGAGCCCAGAGUCUCCAUAUGGUCUGUCAGCUCAGGGCAGUGAAAGCAGCAUAGAUGUUGACGUGGAGUCGUCUGCUGCAGAGGCCGAUCAAGACAUGCCGGAUGACACGGGAGGCAGCUGUGAGGUCCAGCCGGUUCAGUCCUCUGCUUGUUGGUGCAGGCCGUCGCUCAGCUCCUCUCCUCCGGUCAUCCAGGUCACUCAUUUGUACCACAACAAAUCAGAACACUAACAAUGAAUCCCGUUCCAGCCUCCGGCUUCUCUUCUCCCCAAAAUACUCCACUCUACGUAGAUUUUUUUUUUUCCUUUUUCACAUAAAACUUUUUCUCCCAACGACAUUGCUAAUCAGUGUUUGGGAUUAGAAAUAUUUCAUACAUGUGAAUUUGAUCUGAUGCAGCAACAAACUGAGUGGAAAUGAGUUUUAUACUUUAAAAAAAGCACUGCUUCACCUCUCAGUGAAUCAUGAUUUUAUCUGGCAAAACACUUUAAAACGAAACCUGGAAACCUCAGGCUGGACCUUUUUUUGUUUGUUUAUUUGUUUUGCUUUUAAGCAUUUUGUUGCUGUUAUCAGUUUGAAUCUGCCAUCACAUGGUUUGAUUUGUCGACCAAAAAAAAAACGGGAAACGGAAGAAAAACAAACCACUGAUGAACUUGAAGGUUUUAAGAAAUGACAAUCUACACAAUGUGAACCGUCGACUUCUGAGAUAUUUGUUGCCUUGAAAGAAGAGACCCUCCAACCAGAGACUUCUAACCCCAUCUGAAUACAUCUCAAUAAAUUAAAUCUCACUCAGGAUCAGCAGGUUGGUGUGUCAGAAGAAUUKGGACAGCUCGUCUGCAGGAGCUUUGUUCUGCAUUUGACUGUUGUUGGACGAACCUUUCACUUGUUUUCUCUGUCGUUCAUCAAGAAGCCAACAUUCCCUCUUGUUUUUCUAUUAUUUUUAGUGCCAAGCGUGUUUGAUGGUAAAAAAAAAAAUUCCUGUAAGUGUAACUAUCUGCAGCGUACUGUACCAGACCAGAACCAAGAAAAGCAGGAACUCAGUUUGACGACACAUCAUUUUAUUUCUCCGCCACCUCCAGGCUUCUACCAGAGGUGGGUGUAAAAACACACCAGAGGCCUGCUAGAAGGAUGUUUGGUCCGUUCUGAAGUGUGGAAAUGUUAUGAACCAUUACUAUUAUAUAUGUUGUAGAUAGUUCCAGUUUGAACAAAUAGUUUAAUUCUUACAACUGAAAGCUGAUAAAAAGCUUGUSUAAGARAAACCACAMCCAAAGUGGGGUUUACAUUUUAUAAGCUWACUUUAAUUAUCAAAAACUUACAGUGGAUCAUGCACAUGUUAAGAUAUUUACAAUACCAUCCACUCUGCAUUACAUUGUUAAUAUGUUGUUAUACAGGCUGUACUGACAGUGCUCUAGUUCACUACAGCAGCUGCUAUUUGUGCUCGUGUUGUAGAAUUGAAAAUGAGAAACUGAGGUCUGGAAAAGGCGUUUGGAAGCACCGCUGUGGAAUUUUACAGAAGUCGUUUUAAGACGGCAGCAAUCCUCUUUGGCCUUCGCUGCAUUCAGACUAGCCGUUAGCUCGUCAAGCUGGUCAGGAUGGAGCCGUUUCUUCAAACUGAGGUUAUUAAAAAACUAAAAGAUAUUAAUUGUUCAUAACACAGAAACCUACCUCAAAAUGGCCAAAAUGUCMUUUUGUUUUGAAGGAGGGUUUGUCUGAGCUGUGGGGUUUGACAUCUUAAAGGACUAUUUCAGUCAUUUUUCAAAAACUAAACCUUAGAGGAAGAAAAGCAGAGUGAACCCCCCUGUUAGGUUAUAGCAGUGCCAUUUUACACGAGAGACCAAGAAGCCGCUUAUCUGGGGGUAAGAUUGCCUUUUAUGAUCCCUUCUCUGGUUUUAUGCAAUCAUGGGCAUUAAAGACAACGUAGAGUUCACAUUUCCAGGACAAAGUUGGAUCAGUACAUCACUGUUAAACAUGUCAGACUCUACGGCUUUACAUCACGACUGUUCUUGGCAAACGAACCGCCCACACAAGCCAUAUUUUCUGCUUAAAUCACACAAGGAAGGUGUGUUGAGCUAUAAAAUUUAAAUCUCACACUCGGCCUGGAAAAGGGUCGUUUAAUGCACUUUAUGAAUGAAUGGCAACAUUUGCUUGAAUUUUUUAUUUUUUUCACUAGAUUGAGACGAAAAAUCAUGCGUCUUUCAUUGCUGAAGUCGUUUUGAUCUGGUUUGUUUAUGUUGUGUACUUUACUGCAAAAUUGCAUUAUUAAGUGCCUUMAAGAUAUUUUUGUUAGCUUCUUUUUCUGUGAGUUAAAUGGCUUUAUAGAUUUGUGCCAGACAUAAAACAUAUCCUGUGUCUCCCUCUGAUGGAAAUGUUUUAAAACAACACUCUUAUGUAUAAAUGUUGCUUUAAAUAGAAAGAAAUACAUAAAGUGAGUCUUAGCUCAGAUACACACCYAUAGUUCCACUAUAAAAACAUAAUAUGAAUAACUUUUGGUGUCAAAAUAAUGCUUCAUAUUUAAUGGGAUAWCUCACUGAUCAUAUACUGAAGUUUCUAACAUAUAUAGCAAAGAUGAUCAGAAAAGUUGUUUAAUUCCUACGCAAUGAAACACAAAGUAGCAAACUGAAUAGUGAUGUAUAUUUUUCUUCUGUUUAAAGUCUGUUAUAUCUGUUUUGUUAAAAAAUACACUGUUUGAUCUAAGUAGGACAAUAGAGUUAAAAGCUUUUUUUUUAAAAGAGAAUUGUUACAAAAGGCAAUACAUAAAUGUGAAACAGACGUUUUUCUUGAGUUUGUAAUUUAUUUUGAGCUUUGAUCUCUCAAAGUGCUUCAUUACGCCACAUGAACAGGAAAUACUCAGGAUUGCUCAUAUGGAAUCCGUUCCUGUGAUUUGUUUCGAUUUGUUUGUCAAACUUGUCGCACGAGCGUCACCUCACAUUUAAAAGAACAUAAUGCAGCCUCGUUUAUUAUCACAAAAGCCUUUAAUGYUUCCUGCUCUUUGCUUAUGUUUUCAGGAAACUUGCUGAUAAAAACACAUGGUGGGAUUAAGAAUAAGGGGCCUAUUUUUAUUUUGUUUAAUUUAUUAAUACAGUACCACCACUCCUCUGUUUCCUUUUUUUUUAUAUAACUUGAAACUUUGAAUAUUGACGUUUUAUUUAUCUGGACUUCUUGAUUAAAGAGGAAUGAAGGUUACUCUGGCUUUCAUUCAUUUGUUCAUCA